GUCGUCUUGGGUGGGUAUAAAAGUGCGCAGCUCCUCGGGGGGCCGGUAUAUCCUGACGAAGUGAAACAAACCCGGGGCCAAAGUAUUUUUAGAGACUGUGACCACCUCGAAGCUUUAGUCUCUGGAUACAGCAAACGAAAAAGGAAAGGAACACUUUGCUUUUGUAGUGACAGAUUUAGGAUUGGCUGGUCAACUUUUAGAUUACUGAAACAGUCAUGAGUCCCAGUUACAAGACGAUGGUCCUCCUGGCCAUCGUGUUACUGCAAGUUGCCAUGGUAACCGUAGCUGACGACGAACCCGCCACCGGAAAUGACGCAACGGAACUGGAAGACGCCCUCCUCCAGGACUACGUGACUGAUAUGGCUCACGCCAAUGCCAUCAGUGCAGAUGGCCAAAAAAGGUUUCAUAUGAAUGUCCCAGAAAAGAAAUUUGACUUCAAUAUACCAGAAAAGAAGUUCCACAUGAAUGUUCCAGAAAAGAAAUUCCACAUGAACGUCCCAGAAAAGAAAUUCCACAUGAAUGUCCCAGAGAAGAAGUUCCACAUGAAUGUUCCAGAAAAGAAAUUCCACAUGAACGUCCCAGAAAAGAAAUUUCACAUGAAUGUCCCAGAGAAGAAGUUUGACUUCAACAUCCCAGAAAAGAAGUUCCACAUGAAUGUCCCAGAGAAGAAGUUUGACUUCAACAUCCCAGAAAAGAAGUUCCACAUGAAUGUCCCAGAGAAGAAGUUUGACUUCAACAUCCCAGAAAAGAAGUUCCACAUGAAUGUCCCAGAGAAGAAGUUCCACAUGAAUGUCCCAGAGAAGAAGUUUCACAUGAACGUCCCAGAGAAGAAGUUUGACUUCAACAUCCCAGAAAAGAAGUUCCACAUGAAUGUCCCAGAGAAGAAGUUCCACAUGAAUGUCCCAGAGAAGAAGUUUCACAUGAAUGUCCCAGAGAAGAAGUUCCACAUGAAUGUCCCAGAAAAGCGAUUUGACUUCAAUAUACCAGAGAAGAAGUUCCACAUGAAUGUCCCAGAGAAGAAGUUCCACAUGAAUGUCCCAGAGAAGAAGUUCGACUUCAACAUUCCGGAGAAGCGAUUCCACAUGAAUGUCCCAGAGAAGAAGUUCGAUUUCAACAUUCCGGAGAAGCGAUUCCACAUGAAUGUCCCAGAGAAGAAGUUUGAUUUCAACAUUCCGGAGAAGCGAUUCCACAUGAAUGUCCCAGAGAAGAAGUUUGAUUUCAACAUUCCGGAGAAACGUUUCCACAUGAAUGUCCCAGAACGCCGGUCACCUGAAUUCGCAUUCAACAUUCCUGAACGCCGGCGACGUCAGGCUACCAGGUAGACACCAACAAAACGACCGAUGACCGCCAUUUUUAAGACAGCCCACUAGACGUCCAAAGGAAAGUCAAAGACUACGCCAGCAAGCGCUUUAACAAAUUCCUCGAAACCGAAAACCGAUUGAACGGAUAUCUCGUCCCAGGAAAGCGCUUCAGUGAAUUCCUAGGAGUAGGAAAGCGCUUUAGCGAGUUCCUGGCACCCGGCAAGCGCUUCAGCGAGUUUCUCGGAGUUGGGAAACGUGCAUCUGAUAAGAGGUUCAGCGAGUUUCUUCUACCAGGGAAACGUUUCAGUGAGUUCCUUGCACCAGGCAAGCGCUUUAGCGAAUUCCUAGCACCUGGCAAGCGCUUCAGCGAGUUUCUCGGCGUAGGCAAAAGAACCCCGGAGAACGAUAAGCGCUUCAGCGAAUUUCUAGGAGUCGGCAAGCGGAACCCCGAUAAAAAAUUCAGUGAAUUUCUCGCUCCCGGCAAGCGGUUCAGUGAAUUUCUCGCCCCUGGUAAAAGAUUCAGUGAAUUUUUAGCGCCUGGUAAGAAGCGAUCAACAAGCUAGACUAUUUUGCUAUGACUUUUGCACCUCCAUAAUUGACUUUGUGAAGAUCGAGCGACGCCAUGUUUGAGGUCUGUGACAUGCAUUUGACUUUCUGCGAUAGACGACACGAAAUCUGUUUUUGUUGGGACGAAUCUCGAUGCAACUCAAUAUAUAAUAGACUCCACGCUGGAAUGACCCGCGGCCAUGUCAUAUUUUUAUUGCAGAGCUCAAGAGAUGCAAGUUAACGCAAAAUUUCAAAUUCGCCUAACACAUUCCUCAAUGAGACAUAUCCCACCACAUGUUUUGUUUGUAACGUGUCUUUCAGAUAGAUCUGGCCAAAGGUUUGAACUCUUGUCACUAAACUGUAUAAUUUUACACAGCCAUGGGCAGCCGGUGUCGUAGUUGACCGGCUAUAGUUGGCACCAUGAAAGAGCAUCGGUAAGGCCUACUCUAAGGAUAACCCAGUAAUGUACAACAGCACUAUCUGUUGGUAAGUGAGAUCUAGUCAUAUUCCCGAGUUCAACUACGUACCUUUGGCAAGAACAAUAUGAAAAACACUUUAAAAACGAUUAACUUGGAACGGCUCGUCUUUUAUUGCUUCAUUUCAUUAAAAAAAUAUGACCAAUGACCAGACUUGUUCCAGUGUGCAGUCCUUCUUGACCAAUCAGGUGCCUGUACUCAAGUCACUGAAUUUGUCCUCUCCUCUGAUUGGCUGUCGCUAGGAGACUGUUACUGUCUGAAUCUAUUGUGAUUAUGCAUGCGUUGAAACACGAUGGCUAUCUUGAAGGUCUACUCCGUUGGUUUGAAAAUUCAGCUUGAAUUUGAAUUUCCAUUUCGUUGUUAAAGUACGUACAGAAUAGGCCUAUAGAUUUUAACAAUUCCGUUUCGUUGACGGAUAUACAAUCUAUGCUACAAGUGCCGUGUUUCAGCAAAUUUGCUUGCAUAACAAUUGCACUACGGCAAAAUCUAUUACUGUUUACUCGAGUCACACAAAAAUAUGAUGAGCACGGACGGUGUAGGCCUUUUAUUCUGAAUAUUCGGUCAAAAGGCACAACGGCCAUGAGAAAGAACGAAAGUGAACAUAUACCGAGUUCUACCAAGCAACACGGACCUGAAACUCGGCUUUCAAAUCUUACCACCCCGAUGAAGUAUCUCGAGUGUUGUCAACGUCACUACCGGUUCUCCGUCUCCUUUUGUGGCAUGGACGAAUUAGGUUUUCCUGUACUCCUAAAAACGAAUACCCGCGGCUCUGGAUACGUUGCCAACAUUUACUUCGAAAGCAUUCCAACCCCUUCCCACCCUGAUCCAUAUGAACGUCAGAGUUCCCAGUUAAGACACCCGGGGCAGUAAUUUUGUGGCCUAUUUAUGAAAUACCUCCCCAUGAGGCCCAUCCACUGCCUCUGGAGUCUACUCCAAGGACCACGUGUUCAGACUCGAGAAACAAUUGACCAUAUUCCUCAAGUAGGACACUGAAAAAUGCGCCGGAGAAGACGGUUUGGAGGCAGCUCUAAUUGGUCAAUAUCAGACAGUUGUUAAAUUACUUGAGGAAAUGUUUAAUUGGUAUCUUUAAUACAGAAAUAUGGACGAAGUAAAUGAUGGUCUUGAUUCAUCGACCGCAACUCGAAUCUACGACAUCUAUUUUGUGAUACCUGUUACCAGCAGUUAAUUAAGAGGCAGCAUUCAUCUGACCUAUACCUGCAGAUUUGCAAAUAGCAACACUGUCUAUACUUACCUGUGAUCAGACAUUCAAAUCAAGCAACGUCUAUUUUACACAUAAUCUGGGGAGAACCAGGUUAAUCUCUGUAAAGUAAUACUAUCCUUCAUGGAGAUGUACGGGGUGAUAGGGCAGAUGAAUCCUGCCGCUAAUUAACUGCUACUGUUACCCUCUUACCCAUUGAUACUCUGGAACUGAUUGUUGACGCUAUUGUACAUUGUGUGGAUAAAGACACGGAAUAAAUCUUUGGAUUUGUAAAGUCA